CUGGCUCCUCCUACCUGCUUGGAGGCACAUAUCAGUAGCGACUUGAGGAUGCAGGGCGCUCGGCAGCUCAUGAAGGUGUUCGUGACCAGAAGGAUCCCGCAGGAGGGGAUGAGAAUCCUGACACAGGCUGCAGACCUCGACGUGUCGGUGUGGGACUCGGACGAGCCGGUGCCGCGGGCGGAGCUGCUGAAGCGCGUAGCGGGGAUAAACGGCAUGCUGUGUCUGCUGACGGACCGCAUCGACGCUGAGGUGCUGGACGCCGCAGGGCCCAACUUGAAGGUGAUCAGCACUCUGUCUGUGGGGUUUGAUCACUUGGCCAUAGAUGAAAUCAAGAAACGUGGGAUGCGAGUUGGGUACACACCAGACGUUCUGACCGAUGCCACGGCCGAGCUGACGGUGGCCCUGCUGCUGGCCACCGCACGGCGGCUGCCCGAGGGUGUGAUGGAGGUCAAGAGUGGCGGGUGGAGCAGCUGGAAACCCCUGUGGAUGUGUGGCUAUGGUCUGUCAGGCAGUACUGUUGGUGUCAUUGGACUCGGACGCAUAGGCCUGGCCAUCGCCCACAGACUGAAGCCCUUCGGUGUGAAGAAGCUGCUGUACGCAGGAAGGGCCCCCAAGCCCCAGGCAGCAGAAGUGGAGGCAGAGUAUGUGCCUUUGGACACACUGCUGACAGAGAGCGACUUCAUCGUGGUGUCCUGCUCCUUGACCCCUGAGACCAAGGGGCUGUGUGACAAAGCUUUCUUCAGCAAGAUGAAGAAAACAGCUGUCUUCAUCAACACCAGCAGGGGUCCAGUGGUGAACCAGGAGGACCUGUAUGAGGCUCUGUCCAGCGGUCAGAUCGCUGCUGCCGGGUUGGACGUCACUACACCCGAGCCCCUGCCCACUGACCACCCCCUGCUGACUCUGAAGAACUGUGUUGUCCUGCCCCACAUUGGCAGUGCCACCUACUCCACGCGUGGCACCAUGGCGGAGCUGGCGGCCAACAACCUGCUGGCAGGGCUGAGGGGAACGGCCAUGCCCAGCGAGCUCGCCCUCUAGCAUCCCAGCCCCCACCCCAGGACGGCACUUCAGUGACCCCCACACUCCUCUCUGCUCAAGGAUCUUAACAAGUACAUGGCAUUGUUUUUACCCCAGAAAAUGAGGCGCAGGGUUAGAUCGUUGUUUGGAUGUACCAAGCGUUUACAAGUCUGCCUUUUAAUGACUGUCAGCUUGCUUAAUUUGUCCUAACGAGCGCGUUCCCCAGGCUUCAUUUUGACAUGCUUGUAGACUUACAUCUGAAACCUAUAUUAAUUGCGGACUCCAUUUAGAUGUUAUUUCAUAACUGGCAGGCUGACAGCAGCCCUAAGCGCUCUUUAAUGUUUAGUUAAUAGCUAAGGGUAGGUUGUUGCCAAAAUGUGAACUCCAGAUGAAGGGAAAUGUGUUAAAUGUUUAGAUUGUUAUAGACUUUGAGAAUAGGAGGCAGGAUUGUAAAACUGCAUGUAACAUCACAGAAACCUCACAUAGCACUUAAAACACCACCAUUCACCUGGCAGCACUGAAAGGCAUGUCGUUGGAGGACCAGGGUGAAAACACUGUGCCAAGCAUUUAUUUAACAUCCCUGUACAACACUCCGUAAAUUUACUUAAAUAAUGUGCAAGUGCUGCCAUGAGAACUGGGCCGAACUACAGCACUCUAGAAAUAAAAAUAACCUGAUGGCCUUAACCCUCACCCUUACUCUGACUCAAGCACUGGUCUCACGUCUUUGAUACCGCGUCUCGGAUCUUCCCUGAACGGACCCCACCCCCUACAUCACUCCCAGCACAUGUGCGUUGGCCUUGCUCCAACAUUCCUCGGACAUCUCUGUCGACACAGGAUGCUUCUAGCCCAGGGUCACGGCCUCUCCACCCGGGAGGGGGUCAGAGCAGGACACGGGCGUGAGGUUACGUCUGGCAGCGUCCUCUCAGCCGUGGAUUUCACCUCCAGGCUCAGAGGCCAUCGCUAGGAGGCAUACUCCUUCAGCCCCCUCAGGCUGCAGAGACUCAUGUUAGAAAACUGCACGCAUCUCAUGUUUCUUUGUUUCCUCUUGAUCCCUGCCUGAUCUCCACCUCCACAGCUGUGAUCCGGUGCAGAUGUGUGAAUGUUAAUGUCAGUAAAAAGUCAGUUCAACCUGCCAUCUGUGUCACUCUCUCCAGUUCAUUUGAUGUGG